UUCCGUCUUCCGCCUUGACUGACGGAAGUUUCGGCCAACAGCCGUCUGCUGUCUGUCUGGGUUUCGCCCUCGAGGUAGAUCCCUGGCCAAUGGGAGGCGUUGGCGGGGGCAGGAAGGGCUCGCCACGCCCACAGGCCGCGGCGGGAGCCAAUGAGCAGCGCGCGCGGGGGACGUGUGCGGGCGUCUCCGCCAUCUUGUGAGUCUAUAACUCGGAGCCGUUGGGUCGGUUCCUGCUAUUCCUGCGCCUCCGCUCCGUCCCCCGCGGGUCUGCUCUGUGUGCCAUGGACGGCAUCGUCCCAGACAUAGCAGUCGGUACAAAGCGGGGAUCCGACGAGCUCUUCUCCACGUGUGUCAGCAACGGCCCCUUCAUCAUGAGCAGCUCGGCCUCAGCAGCUAAUGGAAAUGACAGCAAGAAGUUCAAAGGGGACAACAGGAGCGCAGGGGUCCCUUCCAGAGUCAUCCACGUGCGCAAGCUGCCCAGUGACGUCACUGAGGGCGAGGUCAUCUCUCUGGGGCUGCCCUUUGGGAAGGUCACCAACCUCCUUAUGCUGAAGGGGAAGAACCAGGCCUUCAUUGAAAUGAACACAGAGGAGGCCGCCAACACCAUGGUCAACUACUACACAUCAGUGGCACCUGUGCUGCGUGGACAGCCCAUCUACAUCCAGUUCUCCAACCACAAGGAGCUCAAAACUGACAGCUCACCCAACCAGGCACGUGCCCAGGCAGCCCUGCAGGCCGUAAACUCUGUGCAGUCCGGAAACCUGGCCUUGGCAGCCUCUGCUGCUGCUGUGGAUGCGGGAAUGGCAAUGGCGGGCCAGAGCCCAGUGCUCAGGAUCAUUGUGGAGAACCUCUUCUACCCAGUGACCCUGGACGUACUGCACCAGAUCUUCUCUAAGUUUGGCACAGUCCUGAAGAUCAUCACAUUCACCAAGAAUAACCAGUUCCAGGCGCUGCUGCAAUAUGCUGACCCUGUGAGCGCCCAGCAUGCCAAGCUGUCGCUGGAUGGCCAGAACAUCUACAACGCCUGCUGCACACUGCGCAUCGACUUCUCCAAGCUCACCAGCCUCAACGUGAAAUACAACAACGACAAGAGCAGAGACUACACUCGGCCCGACCUGCCCUCUGGGGACAGCCAGCCUUCGCUGGACCAGACCAUGGCCGCAGCCUUUGGUGCGCCCGGCAUAAUGUCAGCCUCUCCGUAUGCAGGAGCCGGGUUCCCUCCCACCUUUGCCAUCCCUCAGGCCGCAGGCCUCUCUGUUCCUAACGUCCAUGGAGCGCUGGCCCCCCUGGCCAUACCUUCUGCUGCUGCGGCUGCUGCAGCUGGCCGUAUUGCUAUCCCAGGCCUGGCAGGUGCCGGGAAUUCCGUCCUGCUGGUCAGCAACCUGAACCCUGAGAGAGUCACACCCCAAAGCCUCUUUAUUCUCUUCGGCGUCUAUGGUGAUGUGCAGCGAGUGAAGAUUCUCUUCAACAAGAAGGAAAAUGCGCUUGUACAGAUGGCGGAUGGCAGCCAGGCCCAGCUGGCCAUGAGCCACCUGAAUGGGCACAAGCUGCAUGGGAAGUCAGUGCGCAUCACACUGUCCAAGCACCAGAGUGUGCAGCUGCCUCGUGAGGGACAGGAGGACCAGGGCUUGACCAAGGACUACGGGAGCUCACCGCUGCAUCGCUUCAAGAAGCCAGGCUCCAAGAACUUCCAAAACAUCUUCCCGCCCUCAGCCACUCUCCACCUUUCUAAUAUCCCGCCCUCCGUGUCGGAGGACGACCUCAAGAGCCUCUUCUCCAGCAACGGUGGUGUGGUCAAGGGCUUCAAGUUCUUCCAGAAGGACCGCAAGAUGGCACUGAUCCAGAUGGGCUCCGUGGAGGAGGCGGUGCAGGCGCUGAUUGAGCUGCACAACCAUGACCUGGGCGAGAACCACCACCUGCGUGUGUCCUUCUCAAAGUCCACCAUCUAGACGCCCGAGGGCCUGCGACAGCUUCCGCCAUUCCAGAAAGCCACUUUAAGAAGCAGCUGAUGAAGUGACCUUCCAGACCAGAGAUUUUAUUUUUUUAAAGAGAGAUCAGUUUACCUGUUUUUAAAAAAAUUAAAUCUAGUCCACCUUGUUGUGGCAGGAAAUGGCUUGGGCCACAGGCUCAGUCAGGCCCAGCACCAUGCCUUGAGGGGCCCAGGCGUGAGGCCACAGCUGUGCCCCGAACACAGCCGCUUUCUCGUGCCUUACAAAACCAGCCCGCCUUGUGGCCGCACACCCAUCCUCUCAGGCCACCAGUCUGUCUCUAGAGCUGCAGGUGAGCCAGGCGGCCUGCACCACAGACGCCCUAUACCGUGCAGGAGCUGGGGCCACCGCCCCCACCCUUAUAAUCAAGUGACAUGAUUCUCCCAUGUCCCUGGCCAGCCCAGGGGGCCCAGGCCAUCCUUAGCUGCCGAGCCUCAUGUGACCUUUGUACUCUAUUCUGUGUGGUCACAGACACCUGUGCCUAGCAAUAUUUCCACUUGACCAAAUACCCGAAUCUUUUUCCAUUUAUAUGCAAGAGAUAUAGUUUUACGUAACUUUUAUAGCAAUGAUACGAUGGUAUGUGUGUACUCUAAGCUUCCAUGUCCCUGCGCUCGUCCCCUCCUUCUCGGUGACCAACUUGCAGGUGGGGCCCAGGCCAGUGCUGCCUCUGCCUGGGGUGAACAGCUCAGACCAGUGGGCUCCUGCCUUCAAAUUUUGGACCAAAGUUUUCUUUUCUGCCCGCCUCUGACUAGGCUUGGGUGAGGGGCUGACCUCUAGGCCUUAACGCCCCUCCCAGAUGCCCCCAUUGUGCCUAGCCUGUCUCUAUGGGAGGGGUUCCCUGGACCUUGGUUCUGUGAAGGAGCGUCAAGAGUGUAAAUAUUUAUGAUUUUUAUACCUGUGGGGCUGAGGCGGCGCAGCAGUUUUUUUUAUGGUGACAGAUGUAUAUUUUGGUAACAACUACAGGCUCAGUAUUGUCCCGGGGCCAACCCUGGCUACAUUGCACCCCGCCCAAGAUGGUGUGUUGGGGGAGUUUUCCAUUAAAGCAAUUUUCUAACCUGUGCCUUCCCUGAGCCCUUCAUUCUGAGCUGUAGAGGUACGGCCGGGCUGGGCCUGGACUCAAUAAAUGCCUGUGUCUUG